AGAACUAAGAACGAUAGAUAAGAUAGCAGUCACUAUAAUUCAUUAGCGUAUCGUUUAAUUAUAAACAUUAAGCCAAGGCCGUAAAAGAAUACUUGUGCAAAAUUUGCGUUUAAGUACAAUUGAGUAAUCAUAAAAUUCAGUUAACAUUUAAACAUUAUGCCAUCAAUAGAUUUCAUUCGCUUAUUUUGCCAUAUUAUUCUGAUCUAUGCGCACUAUGGUCAGUCUGAAUUAAGAAUUUUGAACGGUGAAGAGGCACAUAAACGAGACUUUCCAUAUAUGGUUUCCGUGCGUCGAGAUCAAUCUCCUAUAUGUGGUGGCAAUAUUAUAAGUGAUACAGUUAUUUUGACGGCUGCUCAUUGCGUUCAAGAAAAUAAUGUUACUGUUUCACCAAAUCGCCUGAAUGUGCGUGUGGGUAGUAGCAAUAUUCUAGCUGGAGGUGACAUAAAGCCUAUUAAAUCAGUUGUUAUACAUCCUGAUUAUGAUUUGGAUUUUAAAAAUAAUUUGGCAUUACUUUUAUUACAAAGUCCGCUGGAAUGGUCACAGCAUACAUCAAGCAUAUCUUUCGCCAAAGAUAUUAUUGAAAUACCGAGCCCUGGAAGCGAAGUCCGUACAGCUGGCUGGGGUAAACAAUCAGAUAACAGUUCGCCAGUCAAGCUUCACAGUGACCUUUUCGUAGUGGCAUCCUAUGAACAAUGCACCGCAGCAUAUAGCGCCAAUGACGAAUCCAUUAUGUGUUUAAAUCAUGAGCUAAAAAAGGGCAAUUGCUAUGGAGAUGCUGGUAAUGGUGCUGUUUACGGCGAAAAAUUGGUCGCUAUUGCCAAUUUUGUGAUUGGAGCUUGUGGUUCACGUUACCCGGACGUUUACACGAACUUAGUUCCGUUUGCUUCAUGGUUAGAUGACGUUAUAAAUGCAAAUAAAGCUUUGAAAUAAAAAACUAAAAAAAAAAGUAAAACAAAUUACACAACCUAUGACUACAGCGAAUGCAUGCCGAUCUUUUCUUUACGCCUUUUAUCAGUUUUUGCGUGCCCCAAACGGAUGCAAAAUUUUUUGAUACCGCAAAUAUAGAUUUUUUCUUAACGCCGCGUGUAAAUCCUAAAUGGGGGCGACACUUCGCUAUAAAAUUUGAGGAGAAGAUCUGAGUGGUAAAGAGGGAUUAUUCUGGAGUAUGAAAAUGUUAGGUUGACGGCAAAGUUCUCUCGUUGAAGUUGAAGACGUUUGAUGUUUUGCUCAGCAAACGAAUCCUUGCAACUAGAUAGGGUUUAGACGUGAGCUACUCUUCAACAUAGACUACAAAAUGUCAUCAUUGCUUACAUCGACGAAGUGUCUUAAGAGUAAAAUUUUUGGAAAGAAAUUUGGCAAACCAUCUUUGAAGGGGUGCCUUCACAACGUGUCAUAUAAGUUUUCGCAAUUAAACACAAUGCGUUACUUUCUUUCUGGAACGCAUAGCAUAUGGCAAUGUCUUAAAUUCAUUUUAUCCCCUGUACUUUAUUUUCCUUCGACACUUUUCAACUAACUGAUGAAAUGCGUAUUGGGAGGAGUCCUCUUAUAUGCCUCGAGAUAUAUGCUAACUAAUAAGCGCUCACAUGACGCAUCCUACCUGGUUAUCUU